AGUUAAUAUGCCUUCACAAUAUCCAAAUUUACCUUUUACAAAUCAAACUCCAACCCAUAAAACUAAUCCCUCUCACUCUCCUCAUCAACGAAUGCUCUUCCAAUCCUCAUCCCCCGUGCCUGAUAGCAAAAGCUACACACCUGCAAAACAAUUGGGCGAAUUGGAAUUGCUCUAUCAGAAAAUCAAUUUGCUUCAAAAUGAAAAUAAAAUGCUCAAAGGCCAAUUGGAAAAUGCCAAUCUUCAGAUCCAAUAAUUGUCAACCAAAAUCAAUUCCUACAAUAGUUAAGCCAUUUUCAAGACCACUACUUUCGAAUUAGUGGUACUGUAAAAAGCAUUAGAGCAAUUAGAAUAAUUGAAAACGGCUUUGCAGAAAAGAAAGGUAAGUCCUCUUCACAACAAUUUAACUCUGCCUACUGAGGAAUCGGCUGAAGUCAUUAGCGAAUUGAAGAGUAAAAUCACAUUCCUAGAAUAAAAGAAUAUCAAAUUAAGCAAGGAGAACUCAGAACUAUAAGUAGACUACUCUUUCGUUAUUUUUAGCAUCACAUCCUAUUUUCUGGCCAAUCUGAGACCAAAGAAUUUGUCAGAGAAGGCAGAAAACAAUUGCUGUCUGAUCCGAGUGAAAUUCGGAAAGUCAAUAGGAACAGUCCCAUCAGGUUUGUCAAUCAAAAAGGAAGUCCAAGCAAUCCAUAUAGAUCACCGAAACACACAGAGUGAACAAUUUAUUUAUACUUUAUUAAU